GUUGAAGCAGUAAGUUACUGUAAAUAACAAGAAAUAGAACUGCUCUUAAUUGGAAAAAAACUAAUAUAGGGAGUUAUUAUUUCGGGAAAAAGUGGAUGACUCUGAAAAGUAUAAUCCAAAAAUAUCCUGAAAAUUUCCAACAUGGACAAACAAAAGUGUGUUAGUUGAGGAAGAGCUGUUAGCCAUUUCAGGUAAUUUAGGGAUUUGAUAAAUGAGUGGAAUUCUUUGGGAUAAAUUAAAAAUUUAUUAAAUCUAAUGUUUGGCUAUUGUUCCAACCUUGUCCACCACCAGUUCUGUUUAUGCACACCAACUCUAUUAUUCAAAACCAAAAAAAACCAAACGCACUCUUUGAACCAACCAACCAACCAGACCUGCAAGUCUCCCACAUCGUAGCCAUUAUAUGCUAAAUUUGGCGGUAGGUAACUAACGGUUGGAAAUUGGAAAAAAAAAAAAAUACAAAAAGCAGGUGACCCUUUGAGCCAUACAGAGGAGACAUAGGAAUUUUGCUCAUGUGAAAAGUGUAAACGUCUGAUCUCCUUCAUUCUCCUUCUUGUCUCCGUCCAUUGAAUCCGAUCACCGAGGUUCAAAAUCUAUAACAAUGGCGGAGGAAGAAAACAAUGAUCAAGAAAAUACGACCCAUAAAGGCAAUGAGGCUGAUGAAAACAACGACAGCUACUCCAGCGAUGAUGAUACAUACAAAGACGAAGAAGAUGAUUCAUCUGAUCAUGAUGAUGAUGCUAUUGCUUCUGCUGAACUGAAACGGAAGAAGAAGAAAGCCCUCUUGCAAUUCCGAUGCAGACUCGAAGACGCUAUUCUUGGAAACUAUCUUCUUGGAAAACCAAAGAAGAAUCUCUCCAAGGAAGAAAGUGCAAAGCAGAAAGAGAAGCUCAGGGAGAUUACUCUCUGGGAUGUGCCUUUGUUACCAAGCAAAGGCCAUGAAGGUACAGACAUUUUGCUUCUCAAAUUCUUGAAAGCAAGAGAUUUCAAGGUCAUCGAUGCGUUCGAGAUGCUCCGGAAGACCCUUAAAUGGAGAAACGAAUACAAAGCCGAUGAGAUUCUUGAUGAGAAACUGGGUUCUAAUGUUGACAGUUUGUUGUACUUGAAAGGCAAAGAUAAAGAAGGUCGGCCUCUGUUUUUCACUGUCUAUGGAGCUCUCAAAGAUAAGGAGUUGUAUAAGAAAACAUUAGGUUCUGAAGAUAAAUGCAACAAGUUCUUAAGGUCGAGGAUCCAUUACAUGGAAAAGGGUAUCAAGAAGCUCAAUUUCAAGAAUGGAGGUGUGGAUUCUAUUGUCCAGAUUACAGACUUGAAGAACUCUCCUGGGCCUGCCAUGAAAGAGCUUCGUUCUGUUAGCAAGAGAGCUUUUGCUCUGGUCCAAAACAACUAUCCCAAUUUCAUUCACAAGAAUGUUAUUAUAAAUGCUCCACUUUGGUACUAUGCCAGCCACACGAUUCAUUCAAAAUUACUGAGUCCAAAAACAAGAAAGAAGUUUGUGUUUGCAAGGCCAUCCAAAGCUAAAAAGACCCUUCUCAGGUAUAUAGCACCAGAGAACCUCCCAGUUGAAUAUGGUGGUUUUAACAGAGAGAAGGAUGAGGAUUUUUCACCUGCAGACGAAUCUUCAGAGCUAAUCAUUAGAGCAAACUCAUGUUGCUCCAUUAAAUUUCCAGUUGCAGAGGCUGGGUCGACAUUGGUGUGGGAUAUCACUGUAGUUGGAUCCGACGUGUCGUAUAUGGAGGAGUUCGUCCCUGAUGAUGAAGGGUCGUAUAAGAUUCAGCUCCAGAAGCAGAAGAAACUGAGAGAGAGUGUUAGAAAUUCAUUCUACAUUAGUGAACCAGGGAAGAUAGUGAUAACUUUUGAAAAUGGGACUUUCAACAAGAAGAAAGUUUUCUAUAGAUCCAAAGCCAAACCCACUAUUCCCAUGUCCGUCUUCUUCAAGAAUUAAUUAGGUUAGCAAGCUAAUUCCCUCUAUACUUAUAUACUCAAAGCGCUAUUUAUCCCCCUUUUUUUUUUUUUUUUUUUUUUUUUCCUUGUGUGAGUGUUUAACCGAAGAAUUGUGGUCUUAAAGCUAGGAAUUAAUUAGUUAAUUGUUAAAUAUGACGACUGCAACUAGUCAUUCUAAGUAAAAUUAAAUAGGUAUUUUUCGAUUACAAGGUUGUUUCUGUGCUUGCUUUGAUUUUGAUCAUAUACACGUCUCAUUUUCAGUACUGGAUGAAUCGGGAGUAUUUUUUAGGGGUGUGGUUUUGAAAACCAUUUUUAUUUUCCUUUUCUGCUUUACAGUAAAAGUAAAGUCUAUUUUUUGGUGAAUAAAAGUAAAGUCUAUUUGAUAAAAUGGAAGUACGGAAGAUAUUUUUAUGUAAACCAUU